AUGAACCGCCGCCUCUGCACGGCGCCGCACCAUUUUCGCUGCCGCCAAAAACCACCAUUUUCUCCAAACUUCAAAAUUUCUACUAACACACACACUGCGUGUUUUUACUCUACAAAGCUCUCACAUGCUUCGAUCCUCCACCAACUGAAACACACGAAGCCCAUUCACCAAGUUCACGCCCAACUAAUCAUUUCCAAUCUCUCCAAAGAUGUCUUCCUCUGCAACAGGCUGGUCAAUGCGUACGCUUCCUGCGGACAUGUACCCGAAGCCCGGAUCGUAUUCUCGAAAAUCCCGAACAAAAAUCUGGUUUCUUGGACUGUUUUGCUAUCCGGGCUCGCGAAAAAUGGCCUCUUUUUGGAAGCCAUCGAUAUUUUCCGCGAGAUGGUUCGAGGGAUGAUCAAGCCGAACGAGGUAACAAUUGCGAGCGUUUUGCCUGCAUUUGGAAAAUUGGGGUUCUUUCUGCUGGGGAAAUCCGUGCACUGUUAUUGGGUGAGACACAAUUUUGGGGAUAAUGUGUUUGUGGGGACGGGUCUGAUCUCAAUGUACUCGAAAUUCGGAUCUGUUGAAAAUGCCCGGGAAGUGUUCGACAAAAUGUCCGUGAGAAAUGUGGUGUCUUGGAAUGCAAUGAUUUCGUGUUAUGCCGAGAAUGGAUUUGAGGAGGACGCGUUAUUGUUGUUCAGUGGGAUGAGGAUGAAGGGCUUUUCAAUCGAUAUAUUUACGCUUAUGAGCUUAAUUAGUUUACGGGAGUUUCGAGUAGGGAGUGGAGUCCAUGGGUUGAUAGUUAAAAGGGGAUAUUAUGAGAACGACCGACUGGUUAAAACGGCUUUAAUGGAGCUGUAUAUAGAUUGUGGUUUUGUUGAUAAUGCUUAUUUUAUAUUUGGAGAGAUCAGUAAAAGGGACUUGGUUAGCUGGACUUUGAUGCUGAGAGGAUUUACAAAGAGUGGCAAUUGGAAAAAAACAUUAGGCCACUUUAUUAGAAUGAUGAGAGAAGAUGAUAUUAAAUUCGAUUCGAUUUCUUUAGCAACUAUUCUUUCAGGUUGCAGUUCAUCAGGUGCUUUGCAGCAGGGUAGAUGCAUACACGCCAUCGUGACGAAAUCCGGUUUUCAAGGUGAUUUUUUUAUUGGGUCGGCUAUAAUAGACAUGUACACUAAUUGUGCGAGUAUAAGAGAUGGAGAAAGAUAUUUCGAUUCGAUGGGUGAAAAGGAUGUGGCGUGCUGGAACGCAUUAAUAUCCGGUUAUGGUUCAUAUGGGUGUGGAGUAAAAGCCGUCGAGCUAUUUUCAAAGAUGAAAUUUUUAGAGAUAAAUCCCAACGAGUCAACUUUCGUCUCGGUUUUGUGUGCUUGUAGUCAUGCGGGCCUUGUCGAUAUCGGGCUUGAAAUUUUCGGUUGCAUGAUGGAAAAUCGGAACGUGAUUCCGAAUGCAAAGCACUAUGCAUGUGUUGUGGACCUUCUUGGCCGAGCUGGCCGAAUAAACGAUGCUUAUUCGCUCGUGAAGAGAAUGAACCAGCAGCCGCGCCCUGAGGUUUACUGUUCACUGCUGGCCGCCUGUAGGGCCCACCGGAAUUUCGAGCUCGGAGAUGAAAUUUCUCGGGAGCUUUUUCAGUUGAAGCCCGUUGAUGCGGGUCACUAUGUAUUGCUCUCGAACGUGUAUGCUUUGGCGGGAAAAUGGGAAUACGCAAGAACGAGUCGAAAAUAUUUGAAAUCGAGCGAACUGAAAAAGAGGCCCGGAAUUAGCUCGAUCGAGAUCAAAGGUGAGAUCUUUACGUUCAUGGCCAGCCAAACGGACCAUCCCUUUUACCUCGAGAUUAAGGAGUUACUUGUUGAUUUGAUUUCGAAAAUAAGAGCUGCAGGGUUUGAAUUUGAUUUAGACUCGGUUUUCUUGGACGUUUCGGAUGAUGUGAAGAAAGAUAUUCUAUUCCACCACAGUGAGAAGCUGGCUAUCGCUUUCGGGCUUUUGAGAACGAAGCCCGAGUUCGUUAUAAGGAUUACGAAAAACCUACGUGUAUGCAAUGAUUGUCAUGCGGCGAGUAAGUUCGUCUCGAAAGUUUAUGGUCGAGUGUUGGUCAUAAAGGAUGCCAAUCGGUUUCAUAUUUUUAAAGAUGGGCAAUGCUCGUGUGGGGACUGGUGGUGA